CCUGAAGUUGUAGAAUUUCUCAGUUUUCCAUCUACCUCAUUUCCCAAAUAAACUGUCUGACAGGAGAAAAAAACAUUCUGAAAAACAUCAGAAAAAAACAAUAACAGAAGAAUCUUAGUAUCUAUAAAUUCUCCUUCUGAUGAUAAAAAAAGUGUCAAUCAUUAAUGGAGUCUCUUGGGUACACUUCUUCUUCCAAGAAGACCAAUGACUUGAUGAGACUCAAUGAUGUUUCUUUUGAUUCAAAUCUCAAACAUGGCGGCGGGGAAGAAGAGCCUGAAAUCAAUGUGUUUGAUGCCAAGAAAUACUUCAGUGACAGCACUGAUUGGAAGGAGCUGGGCAGAGGGUCGGUGUUUCCUGAAAAUAUUUACGACAAGAAAGAGGUCAAGAUCUCUGAUCUGUCGGAAAUCGAGCGGUUUUCGUCUGUUUCGUCGGUGGACGGCGGCGGGUUUGGCCGGAAUGCCAAGGCUGGUUCUUUCCGUACCGCUACUCCGACAGCUUCAUCUGAGGCUAGCUGGAAUAGCCAAACUGGGCUUCUGUCCAAACCUCCGGGUGCAAUUGAGGUUUCUCUAAGGAAUCUUUCCAGCCGCAGGGGGAAGAGGAGAGGCUCUGCUUCGGCAGCGACGGCGGCAAGGUGGCUGUUUUGCAGGUCAAAGUGUCCGUGCUCUGGCAAGAAAUCCGUCCAGGUUGAGGAACCACACUCCGACAUUGAUCAGGAGAGGAUUGAGUUGGAGGAGAGAGAUCAAAAUCUGUCUAUGAAAGUUAAGGUUAGUCCUCCGGAAACAGGGCAGGGGAUAUUGUGUCGGUCUUUUCCCGGCGAGAUCCCUUUGACCGCCGCCGCCACAGGCGUGGGAUUUUCCUUUCCGGUUCUGAAAACAUCAUCUCAUUCUCCGGCGUCUGUUUCUAAGAUGACGAUCAAAACAAGCGGUUUGCGAGAUCAAUUUCCUCUUCAUCAGGAUUCGCUAGAACAUUUCCAGCCACCGAUUCUUGGAAAGACGAUGGAAGUAAUUCAGUUCAAACCUCAGUCACGUGGCGGCGGAUUGGACAACAGAGAUCUGCGGACAGGCAAUUGCGCGUUUCCGGGAAGCCCUGAUCGGUUGACGGCGGCGGAAGACGACGCCGGGAGCGACGCGAGCUCAGAUUUGUUCGAGAUCGAGAGCUUCUCAACUCAGGCAAACAACUACCCAACGUACCGACGGCGGGACUUGCUCGACGACGAGGGGCCGUUCAACGCGCGUCGGUUCUCCGCCGCCAUCAAUCUCUACGGCGGCAGAAGAAGCCUGGACGAACCGGCAACGCCAAGCGUGGCGGCGACGGAGAAUUACCCGCCGAGCGAAGUGAGCAUCGACUGGAGCGUGACGACGGCGGAGGGAUUCGACCGGGCAAGCUCAAAUAACUUCUCGAUAAGAACGAUGGAAAUGAAAGAGCACAUCCACGGCGGCGGCGGGAGGCAGGGGACGGCAGGGAACAGCUACGGAGUGGGGGGGAAAUGCAAGGGGGGUGGGUUGCUGAGUUGUCGGCACGAGAAGGCAGUGAGCGUGGUGGGGCCACGGCCAGUGAAACUUGCGUCGGAUCUGAUAGGACCGCCACGUCCGCCGGCAUCGCCGCUGGCAAUAAUGCCGGCAGCUUCGCAUGUGAGUGGUAGGCCACCGAAGCCCAUCAAGCCGCCGCAAGGAACAUCGCAUUCCGCUCGUUUGUCUCUAGCUUUCGCAGCAUAAAAUAAACUGCCUCCAUGUUUCCCUGUCUCUCUUCUUUCUCAUUAUCCUUCUUGUUAUUAUUGUUAUGUUAUGUUAUUAUUAAUAUUAAUAUUAUUAUUAUUAUUAUUAUUAUUAUUAUUAUUAUAACUUUUAUUAUAACUCUUUCUCUUUUCUUGUUUUUCUUCCCUAUCUAGACUAGAUUUUGAGCCCUAUUUUGUGAUUUAUUAUUAUGGCCAUUGAUUUCCUUUUGUAUAUCGACACAUUCAUAUGUUUUUUUGUGCAAUAAAUUUUUAAUCAUCAAGAACUGAAGUUACUG